GUUUGUUCCUGACAGCAGAGUAUUCUGCUGUUAAGUGUCAGUCUUCUGUGCUGAAAACUGUGGUAGACUUGUACUGAUCCUGGGUGUUCUUAGCAGCUAACACUAGUAUUUUUCAUGCAUCUUGAGUUUUAUUGACCACCACAAAAUAAUUAUUUUUAAAAAUAAUUGUGAAGCAUCAUGCAGCCUGCUUGCUCCUGCCCAACCCUCGAGUUGUGUAGGUGAUUCUGGUCUCCAUUUGUGAAGGUGAAAUACAGUCACACAACACUGAUUGAGUAAUGCAAAAUUCCCUGCUAAUUUAGUUAAGUUUGGAAAGCUUCUAGAAAAAAAAAAAAUAUAAUCCUGAAAACUUGGAUUUUAAACAUCCCUGGCUGAAAAUGUAAACUAUCUUAAAAUCUUGUUAUUGCAGGCAAAAUGCCAGCCCCUGAACAGAGCCCAAUGGUGGAGGAGGGGCUGCCGCAGACAGCGCAGGAGACUUCCACAGGCCCAGGCAUGGAACCAGAGACCACUGCCACUACCAUUUUAGCUUCUGUAAAGGAACAGGAGCUUCAAUUUCAAAGACUUACCAGAGAACUGGAAGUGGAAAGGCAAAUUGUGGCUAAUCAGCUAGAGAGAUGUAGGCUUGGAGCAGAGUCACCAAGUAUCGCCAGCACAAGCUCUACUGAGAAGUCAUUUCCUUGGAGAUCCUCAGAUCCUCCGCCCACCAGUGCAAGCAAACCCCAGGUGUCAGAGGGUGUUCACACCAAUGCCUAUGAUAUUAGGACAGAAGCAGAGCAAGGGACUCUCUACUCACCAGAGCAGACAUCUCUCCAUGAAAGUGAGGGGUCUGUAGGUAACUCAAGAAGUUCAACACAAAUGAAUUCUUAUUCUGACAGUGGUUACCAGGAAAUAAGCAGUUUCCAUAACAGCCAAAAUUUGAACAAGUCAGAGAUCAGACAGCAGCAUUCCUUUGGUGGACCCCCCAACAACCACGUGGUGAGGAGCUCGCGCGCCGAGGGGCAGACGUCAGUCCAGCCUCCAGCGACCACCACCACCAACCGUGUGAUGCGACGGGUGAGCUCGGUGCCCUCCAGAGCUCAGUCUCCCUCCUACACGGUGGGCAGCGGCGCGUCCCCGUCGCGGGGGUCGCUGCGGACGUCCCUGGGCAGCGGGUACGGCUCUCCCAGCGCGGCCGAGCAGAGGUCCCUGCCUGCCCACUACUCGUGCAGCACGCUGCCCGUGCAGCGUGCGGGCUCCCCGUACGCGCACCGGCCCGCGUCCCCCUCGGCCGUGCGGCGCGUGGGCUCGCUCACCUCCCGGCAGCCCAACCCCGGCGGCGGCACGGCCCCGUACCGCACCGCAGCCAGAGUCGGCUCUCCUCUCGCCCUUGCUGAUGUGCAGACCCGAGUGGGCUCUCCGUCCCAAGCUCAGCUGGGAUCCUCUUCCCCGAAGCGCUCUGGCAUGACGGCAGUUCCGCAGCACCUGGGCACGACGCUGCAGAGGACGAUUCAUGACGUGGACCAGUAUGGCCAGCAGUACGAGAUCUAUGAGAGGAUGGUCCCCCCACGGCCGGAUAGCCUCACAGGCCUGCGGAGCUCGUACGCGAGCCAGCACAGCCAGCUGGGGCAGGAGCUGCGCUCGGCCGUGUCCCCGGACAUGCACAUCACCCCCAUCUACGAGGGCAGGACCUUCUACAGCCCCGUGUACCGCAGCCCCACCCACGGCACCGUGGAGCUGCACCACGGCUCCCAGGCCGCGCUCUUCCGCACCGGCUCCGUUGGCAUGGGUAACCUGCAGCGAUCCUCCAGCCAGCGUAGCACCCUCACGUACCAAAGAAACACCUACGGGCUGCCCCCGGCGGCCGCGCUGGCCGAGCCGCUGCGGGCGCUGCCGUUCCGGCUGCCCGAGCCCGGCUACGGCCGCCUGCACCCCGCGCCCGACGGCGGCACCACGAGAUCGCCCUCCAUCGACAGCAUCCACAAGGACCCCAGGGAGUUUGCAUGGCGAGACCCGGAGCUGCCCGAGGUCAUUCACAUGCUGCAGCACCAGUUCCCGUCCGUGCAGGCCAACGCAGCUGCCUAUCUGCAGCACCUCUGCUUUGGGGAUAACAAAGUGAAAACAGAGGUCUGCAGGCUAGGAGGUAUCAAGCACCUGGUGGAUCUCCUGGAUCACAGAGUCCUGGAGGUUCAGAAGAAUGCCUGUGGCGCCCUGAGGAACCUCGUUUACGGGAAGUCCACUGAUGAGAACAAAAUAGCCAUGAAGAACGUGGGAGGAAUCCCUGCCCUUCUGCGGCUGCUGAGGAAAUCUGUUGAUGCCGAGGUCAAGGAGCUGGUGACAGGGGUUCUCUGGAACUUGUCUUCAUGUGAUGCUGUGAAGAUGACAAUCAUUAGAGACGCUCUCUCCACGCUGACAAACACUGUGAUAGUGCCCCAUUCGGGAUGGAACAGCUCCUCCUUUGAUGACGAUCAUAAAAUUAAAUUUCAGACUUCCCUCGUUCUGCGCAAUACAACAGGAUGCCUGAGGAACCUGAGCUCCGCUGGGGAAGAGGCACGAAAGCAGAUGAGGUCCUGUGAAGGACUGGUGGAUUCACUGCUCUAUGUGAUCCACACCUGUGUGAACACCUCCGAUUAUGACAGCAAGACGGUGGAGAAUUGUGUGUGCACGUUGAGGAACCUCUCCUACCGCCUGGAACUGGAGGUGCCUCAGGCACGGCUGCUGGGAAUCAAUGAACUGGAUGACUUGUUGGGAAAAGAGUCACCCAGCAAAGACUCAGAGCCAAGCUGCUGGGGGAAAAAAAAGAAGAAGAAAAAAAAAACUUCCCAAGAGGAUCAGUGGGAUGGAGUUGGCCCUAUCCCGGGAUUUUCCAAGUCUCCUAAAGGGGUGGAGAUGCUCUGGCACCCAUCAGUGGUGAAGCCAUAUCUGACACUCCUGGCAGAGAGCUCCAACCCAGCCACUCUGGAGGGCUCUGCAGGAUCACUCCAGAACCUUUCUGCAGGCAAUUGGAAGUUCGCAGCCUACAUCCGUGCUGCCGUCAGGAAGGAGAAGGGGCUGCCCAUCCUCGUGGAGCUGCUGAGGAUGGACAACGACCGAGUGGUGUCGUCUGUGGCAACUGCCUUAAGGAACAUGGCCUUAGACGUGCGGAACAAGGAGCUCAUUGGUAAAUAUGCCAUGCGAGACCUCGUCAAUCGGCUGCCGGGAGGCAACGGGCCCAGCAUCCUGUCGGACGAGACGGUGGCCGCGAUCUGCUGCGCCCUGCACGAGGUCACCAGCAAGAACAUGGAGAAUGCCAAGGCCCUCGCCGACACCGGGGGGAUAGAGAAGCUGGUCAACAUAACAAAAGGAAGAGGUGACAGGUCCUCAUUGAAGGUUGUCAAGGCAGCAGCCCAGGUACUGAACACACUGUGGCAGUACCGAGACCUCCGGAGCAUUUACAAAAAGGAUGGAUGGAAUCAAAGUCACUUUAUUACACCAGUAUCAACACUGGAACGGGAGAGAUUCAAAUCCCAUCCUUCUCUAUCCACAGCCAAUCAGCAGAUGUCACCUGUCAUGCAGUCAGUUGGCAGCACAUCCUCAUCCCCAGCUUUGCUGGGAAUCAGAGAGCCUCGCUCCGAUUACGACAGGACGCACCCAUCUAUGCAGUAUUACAGCAGCCAGGGCGAUGUCAUUGCACACAAAGACAUCUACACUGGUUCCAGCAAAGCUUCACCAAUUUACAUCAGCUCCUAUUCCUCUCCAGCGAGAGAACAGCACCGGCGGCUGCAGCAUCAGCAAUUGUACUACAGCCAAGAAGAUACCACCAGGAAAAACUACGAUGCCUAUAGGUUGUACCUGCAGUCCCCACACAGCUACGAGGACCCUUACUUUGACGAUCGAGUUCACUUUCCUGCUACUUCAGAUUACACAACGCAGUAUGGACUGAAAUCAACCACCAAUUAUGUAGACUUUUAUUCCACCAGACGAUCUUCUUAUCGAGCAGAACAGUACCCAGGCUCUCCUGACUCCUGGGUGUAG